UUUGCAAUAGUCUGCUACUUCCUGGGCUUCUGAAUUGGAGGCGGGAAGGGGAGCCCUCUCGAAGCAUCCAUGGCCGAAUUUCAUUUCUCUUCUACAAUUUUAAACAAUGCUUGGAAGCCAUAACCUCAAACAAGCAUCAUCAGGAGCGAGAGAGAGAAGCAAGACGAAGCGAAGAAAAGCUUUCUGAAUCAUCUUCUUGGUUCGACUUUUCAAGUUCAUUCUCCUGUAUCCGCUUCUCCGAUUUCAUGGAGUUACAACAGGAGCAAACUCCGUCGGUAUCCAUAGAAGAUUGCUUGAAGCUCCUGAAGGGAGAGAAAGAUGAGCAGCGUCUUGCUGGCCUCUUCUUAGUUACUAAAAUUUGCAAGGUGGAUGACCUUGCCUCGCUUUCUAGAGUUUAUAAUGCCGUUGGAUCGAAGUUUCUUGAUCGACUUCUGAGAACUGGCAUGGGUAAAGGAACUGUUAGUGGACCUGGAGAAGAUAAUCGCGAUGCGUAUUUGCAACUGUCUGUUAGGAUUCUGGCAGCGUUUUGUCAUGUUCCUGAGAUCGCUGCUUCAGAAGAAAUGAUCUCGAAGACUCCACUGAUAUUGGAAACCCUAUCCAACCAGUCAGGAUUUUCUGUUUUGGAGGAGUGUCUUGAAUUUUUGUAUCUAGUAUCAACUGCAUCUGAUGCUGGAGUGACGACUCUGUAUGAAUCUGGUAGCCUGAAGAUUAUAGCUUCUUGGAUGUCGACAAUGCCAGAUGGUUCUCAGCUGAUGAAGAUUUCCAUACAGCUUGUUCAAUUGAUCAUUAGUAAGAUUUCUCUGGACACUAUCAUCAUCAACGCUUUGCCUGACCUAUCAGAUAUUGUUGUCGCUAUUGCGAGGCAAUUUGGAUUGGCACAUGAUGCUAUGAAGUUUGAAGCCCUUCGCCUGCUUUCUGCCAUCCUGUCUUCAAAUUUGACACCACUUUAUGAUACCCUUCGUCAAGUGCCCUCCAAUGUUUGGGCAAAACAUAUGCGUGAUGGAGUUUCAGCUAUUCUUCAUAACCGCACAGCACCUGCUGAAAAGCUUCAGGCUCUUAUUUUGGCCGAGUCAAUGGUGUCUAUUGUAGGAGAAGGUUGGCUGAUAGGUGAAAUAGAAUUACCUGAUGUUCAAGACGCUAUUCCAUCGGACAGAUGUCUAAUACUUGUCUUAGAGCAGUCAAGGGUUGAGAUUGCUGUGAUGCUGAAUGAACUGGCCUAUAUGAAAUAUGAAGCUUCCAAGAAUUCCUCCUUGAAGGAAGAUAUCAUCUUAAAGCAGCGCAAUGUAGCUACUGCCUUCUCUUUGGUGGAAAAGAUAAUUAAGUUAAUAUCAAAUGUCGAAGAAGACCAAGGGGAUCUUAUCAGUGAAAACACACUGAUGAAAGUGAUUAGAGGCCUUAAUGAGACUACUGGGGUUGUGCUAGAAUAUUUGCAAGAUGCAAAGGAGCAUGGACAAAGAAAAGGAGAUGACAUUUUAGCAUCUGUACGGGUUAUUGGGAGUUUUCUUGCACAAACCCCUGAUGCAUGGGCAGAAAGAGUUACGGAACUCUUGGACUAUAUGCUCUCUGUUGAAGGUGAAGAUGAACAGAGCCCCUUCAACUCUGUGUGCUUCUUGCUUCCCAUGCUAUGCCAAAUUACGAUGAAUGUUGAAGGAUGUAAGACGUUGGUUUCUUCCAGAGGUCUUGCAGCUGUUGUGAAAUGCCUUGUAAAUUUGAUUGACCAACACGGUGGCUGGAUUGACAAUGAUGGAUCCAUCUUCUUGGCUUGUGAUACAAUCUUGAAUGUGCUUCUGAAGAAAGAGCUUGGUGGGCUUCUAUGUGGCGAAUCAUCUUUUAUUCACCUGUUGGAAGCAAUUGCAAAUUCGACUGAGGAUUCGAGAGAGCUAUCUGUUAUCAUGAUGGGUGGCAGUAUAUGUGCCUUGAUAUUUGAUUUCACAUCGGAGAAUGCUCUUCUAAGCAAUCCUAAUUUUGCCGAUAAAUCUCUGGAUAAGUUAUGCAGACUCUUUUCAAGAAUCUUCAUUUUGUCUCAACAGAAGAGCAUGAACGACGAUGAAAUGGCACAGAUGGAUCUUCUCGAGAUUAUAACAGCAGGAUAUUCUCGUUGGGGAGACAGAUUCCCGCGUGUUCAAAAGGCAAUUAGCAGGUUACGAUAGUAUUCAUCAGCAUUUUGCAUCCAUCCUUAUGAUUAUUGCUAAAUGGUAAUUAAUAAGGAAAUCAUAUGUUUGAUUGUUAAUUAUUAAUUAGUAUAGUUUAUGAAAUUAAAGUUUAAGUUAAAAGAUGAUGGGGAUGGGUUGAUUUUAGUAGAUGACAAAGCAUGCACCAACAUCGUUUACUAAAUAUUUGAGAGAGGAUUAUAAAAUAGGAAGGAAAAAACAUACUUUUGAGUGGCAAAAAGAUAAAAUUUAGUUUAGAAAGAAUUUCGGUCUUUUCUUUGGUAAUCUAAAAUUUACUUGUUAAA